AGUGUCAGCUGCACUGUCAUCCUGAAAUACUCCUGUGGAAGAGAACGUGAUGGUGCUCCUGUUGUGCUGGUGAUACACAAGAUCCCAGACCCACCUGACGGGUCUGUUGGGGACUGAAGAUCGUGCAGCAAUAGCCUAAGGGACUGGCUGGCUUUGAGCAGGGCAUCAGAACCAGGUCUCCUGGCACUGCCCCCGGGGAGAGUGGAAGGUGCCUGCUUCGGGGCGAGCACCAGCUGAUCCCCAGUGGAACCCUGACAGUCCUGCCAGGGCCCAGGCCAUCCCAACCGACUUCCAUCUCAUGGAGCCUUCAGGGGAGAAGCCAGGAGAGGCUGGCGGGCUGCAAAUCACACCCCAGCUGCUGAAGUCACGCACAGGGGAGUUCUCCCUGGAGUCCAUCCUGCUGCUGAAGCUGCGUGGCUUGGGGCUGGCGGACCUGGGGUGCCUGGGAGAGUGCCUGGGCCUGGAGUGGCUGGACCUAUCAGGGAACGCGCUCACCCACCUGGGCCCGCUGGCCUCCUUGCGCCAGCUGGCCGUGCUCAAUGUCUCUAACAAUCGGCUGACGGGCCUGGAGCCACUGGCUGCCUGUGAGAACCUGCAGAGUCUCAAUGCCUCGGGCAACCUACUGGCCACCCCGGACCAGCUGCAGUGUCUGGCUGGGCUGCAGUGCCUUGAGUACCUGCGGCUCCGAGACCCUCUGACCCGGCUCAGCAACCCGCUCUGUGCCAGCCCUUCCUACUGGGCUGCAGUCCGGGAGCUGCUGCCUGGCCUGAAAGUCAUCGAUGGUGAGCGUGUGAUGGGGCGGGGUAGUGAAUUCUACCAGCUGUGCCGAGACCUGGACAGCUCCUUACGUUCCAGCUCCAGUCCAGGCCCCAGAGCCACCGAGGCCCAGCCCUGGGUGGAGCCGGGCUACUGGGAGUCCUGGCCCAGCCGGAGCGGCUCCAUCCUGGAAGAGGCCUGCAGGCAGUUCCAGGACACGCUGCAGGAGUGCCGGGACCUGGACCGCCAGGCCAGCGACAGCUUGGCCCAGGCCGAGCAGGCACUUGGCUCCGUGGGCCCCACCUCUUCUUUCGUCUUCUGAACGCAGCUGUGACCCAGGACAGACUGGCAGGUGACCUUGCUGCCCACAGCUCCCCUUCCUGCCUCCACACUUGUCUUGGUUUCUUCACACUGGCCACUGGCCCUGCCUACUGGGCUAUUCCUUUAUCCCUGUCUUGAGGAAAGCCCCUCCCCACCCUCCCUCCAUGUGCUGCAAGGAUGCACAGAGGGGCCUUGAAAGGUGUAAAGGCUCCCACCGCCUGUGAGUCUGUGUCCACUGCUGCUGCCACUCGGGGCUGCUCCAGCCUGAGACUUAGUGGAGGGAAUUACUUCCUCCUGAGGCUACAGGCAAGAAAGGCAGGGAUGGGCCAGCCGCCACUCCCAGCUGCUGGGAGAGUAGGCAGGCUGAGUGGCCAGAGCAUUCCUGGAAGCAGAACUCUCCUGCCUUGCAAAUAUGCCUAUCCAGGCUGGUCCUGUAUUUCCUGGGCACCUUCUCUGCCCGUUCUCACCCGCACAUCUAUUAAAUGCUUCUGUUUUCAUUUGCA